UUUAGCUCUCUUUAUUUUUCUUCCUGUUACCUUCUUCUCAUUCUUUUGACCAAAAAAAAUCCUUUAAUUAAACUAAAUGGUUGUCUCCUCAACUGCAGGAAACCAUAUUGAAUCAAAUCGAAUAGUGGAAAUUUUCUAGGAACCAAAUUAAAUCAGAACAAUAUAUCAAGAAAACAAAGAUGGUUUUGAAAGAGGAGGAGAAGAAAGCUGAAGAAACUUCAGAAGAUCAAAAGGGAAAAGGGACGUUAAGCAGAAAGAACAGCCACAGCUCUUUGUGUCCGACUGAUGAUGACGAUGAAGACGAAGACAAGAAGCUUGAGCUUGGUCCCAUGAUCGCUCUCAAAGAACAGCUCGAGAAAGACAAGGAUGAUGAAAGCUUGAGGAGAUGGAAAGAACAACUUCUAGGCAGUGUGGAUAUAGAGGACGUUGGAGAGACUCCGGAUCCGGUGGUAAAGAUAAUGUACUUAACAAUUAGGUCACCGGAUAGAGAAGACAUGGUAUUGACGGUACCUGAAGACGGUAACCCGACAUCGAAAGGACCAUGGUUUACUCUCAAAGAAGGCUCUAAGUACACUCUUGUAUUUACUUUCCGUGUGACCAACAACAUUGUGUCCGGCCUCCGGUACAGCAACUCGGUUUGGAAGACCGGACUCAAGGUGUAUAGUAGAAAGGAGAUGCUAGGAACGUUUAGUCCACAGGCGGAACCGUAUACCCAUGUCAUGUUCGAAGAAUCGACACCGUCUGGUAUGCUUGUUAGAGGCUCCUAUUCCGUUAAAUCUAAGUUCGUAGACGACGACAAUAAGUGCUACCUGGAGAACAACUACACCUUCGACAUUCGCAAGAAUUGGCUGUGAUCCUUCACAUAAGUUACUGGAAGAAGAAAUACAUAAUAUAUUAGUAUAUUAUUCAUAAUUGUUUCAUAUUUUGUUGUC